UCUAUAUAUAGUGUUGUGUCGUUCGGUUAUACACUUUCUUAUCUUUAUCAUGGCUGACUUGAAAUCUAGUACACCAAAAGCUGAGUCUUGGACGAAUCAGGCACAGCACAAUGCGCACAAUGCCUACGAUAGGCUCUCUGGUUCCAAGGAUACGCCAAGAUCUGUGCAACAUUCCAGUGUUCCUGGAUCCUUUGACUUUGAGGAGAGAAAAGAUUACUCCGCUGGAGACUCGAAUUAUACCUCGCAAUCGCAGACUUACGACUCCACCUCACCGACCUUCAAGGCAUCAGAAGGCGAAGCUCACGGAGAGCCUGCCGAACAGCCAUCACUGGCCAACAAGCUGAUGUCUGCCAUUGGAAUUGGUGGUAGCUCCGAAGGUGCAACCUCUCCUAAGGACAAGCCGUUGGCUGGCGAGGAUGCCACCAAAAACUCCGUGUCGACUAAGACUCUUGAGAAACAGGUCGGAAAAGCACACAGCUAUGUUGAUAGCCAGGGAAACGAGUUUGAAGUUAUUCCUACCGACAGAAAUGUGAAAUAUUCUUCGCUAGUCGACCCUGUCGUCGACGAGAGAGAUAUUCGUGGAACCCAGGACAAUAUUAAGGGAUUGUCUGACAAAGAAAGAGCCCGCAGACUUCCUGUCGAGCCCACCGACACAAAGAACGCCAACGACUCUCAGUCGAGUAGAGCUACUGCGGAAGCUGGGGCUGGUGCAGCUGCCGGCCACUAUGGCUCUUCGAAUACUCAUACACACAGUGAACUUGACAACUCUGGAUCUCACGGCAAGACUUUGAGCUCAGAACAAGGCUAUGCAGGUCAAACCACCGAUCACCAAUUUGACGGCCGGAAUCAGAAGUCUGACCUUGCUUCCAAACACGACACUACAGACAAGAAUUUAGGUCCUCAAGUUCCUGGAGCGGGGGUUGGAUCACUAGCCGGUGCACCAGGCCAGACAUAUCAUCCUAAGCAGAGCCAGGUUCUAGAGACUCAAGAAGGCUAUGGCUCGAAUGCCCAUGCAUCAAAGCAGGAGAAUGCCCGUGAUAAGGGAUAUUCCAACACUGGGGCUACCACUGGGGCUGGCUCUGUGUCAGGUAAACCAACCAGCUACAAUACCACCGAAGCCGCUGCUACAGACCCUGUCCAUGGAGCCACUGCUCCUGCUGAUCUGGGAGACUACAGACACCCAAUUGGGGAGCAAGCCGGCAAAAGUACUCAAGGAACGUCCCAUAAAGCUCAUGACAAGUACAGUGACCUGAGCCAGAACACGACAGCCGCUUCCAAGUCGAAUUCUGACCACCAUAGUACUACCGAAACCGCUGCUGGAGUUUUUGCGGGUGCAGGUUUGGGAGCAACUGCUGGUCACCACGAAAAGUCGACAAGCAGCACCUCUGACUCGUCUGAACAUGGUUCUGGCUCCGGAGCUGGCUCUAAGUCUGGUAAGUCUAGCAAAUGGGGCAAGUCCAACAAGAAAAAUGAUGACAAUACUGUCCAACACGGUACUGUCUACCAGGACGUGCACCAUGACAGCUUUGCCACGAGAAACGCCGAUCAGCUAAAGUCUGACUCCUCCAGGCUUUACGAAAGCGAGAAGAAGGGUCGGCCUGAGUUUGCCCAGAAACAAGCCGAGCUGGGCUACGAGACUGCCCACGGUGGAUCGCAUGCUGGAGGUGGUAAAGGAAUAGGUGCCGGAAUUGGCGCUGCUGUGGCUUCUGCUGUUGGUUACAAGGCCGCUUCCCACGACAGCAGCCACGGAAAGCAGCAGACCAAGCAGAACGACGCUUCGACUCAGGAAUUGAGAGCCGCACCCGGUGUUACCAAGACGCAAAAUGAUCCAUACGAUAGCUCGUAUAGCAGCCAGAGCCAGACCGACGAUAAGGCGCCUGGCUCUUUGGACCCUAAGAACCCUCGAAAGCAGGUUGAUUACGACAAAGUCGGCUCCCAGGCCAAGGACUUAUCGCAGAAAGGUGGCCAACAUCUCGACAAGUCCGGUCACGGUGAAUACUCUGCCUAUGCUACCGGUGCAGGAACCGCCAUUGGCGCUGGUGCGGGUUAUCUUGGUAGCAGAGAAGCUGGCAAAGAUUCUGCCACACAAGCCAAUGCCUCUGCUCAGAAAGACCCAGAGCUUGCCAAAGGUGGCUUUAGAGAAACGUUCCAGGGUGGAGACAACUCUCGGCACCACACUCAGAGGACCAACAAGUACACUGCUGGUGUUGGGGACACUGCGGGUCGCGACGAGCCGGAAACCAACAAGUACACUGCUGGCGUUGGUGGAGACGAGCCUCACUUGAGUUCUGGCUACACUGCCGGUGUUGGUGACACCCAUCCGCACCAUGCCAAGGACCAGUACACUGCGGGUGUGAGAGAUGACAAGGAAACUCCAUACACCGCAGGAUUCUCUGACACCACAGGACAGAGCAAGUACGCCUCUGGAUCUGAUUAUGGUGCAGCCGGUGGUGCAACUGGGGCAGGAAUUGCCGCCAAGAGCCAAGGCAGCCCGAAGGACCACUUAGAAAGCCAAAGCCAGAGCUACGGAAAACAGGGAGCUUCUUAUGGAGCUACCCAGCAAACGUCCACCGGCCAGAAUGUUCAUAUUCCUGGCACCAGAGACAACCUUCCAACCCAGAAUCGCGGUCAAGCUGCUCAUGGAAACGAGUACCUGAAUGAAGAUCAGAACGCCUUGGCUAGCCGCGCCGCGGCAGCAGCUACUCAGGAUAAACGUGGAGAAUCUGGCGCUGCAGGUACGUCGGAUCUCCGCCAAUCCAGUAAGGCGCACCAGAAAGGCGACGAGGCUUAUUCAGGACAGCCGCGCCAAGGUGAGUCUAACACGAAGAUUUUAAAUUAUGACGAGUUCGAACAGGCACACCCACAAAAGGAGAAGUUGAGCACUAAAAUUAAAAAGAUCUUCAACUGAUCCGCAAAGCCAAGAGUACCACUUUCUUUGUGUUUUGUUUUUUCCUCACGUAUAGGAUAUGUGACUGAAUAUUACGAUUGUAUGAGUUAAUAAGAUUUGUAAACAUUG